CGGGGCGGGCGCGCUGCGGCGGUCGCUGCUGCUGCUGCUUCCUCGGGCCAUUUUGCUCCGCGCGGAGCGACGAGAGGUGGCGAGCCGGGGCUAGAGGAGGCGCGGGCCGGAGGAAGCGGCGGGCUUUCCGCAUUCGCAGAGUCCGGAGGGCAGAAGCGAUCGCCAGCGAACAGGGUCGGGGGCCCCUUUCCCGGUCCCUGCACCAUGAGCUGGGGCACUGAGCUCUGGGAUCAGUUUGACAACUUGGAAAAACAUACACAGUGGGGAAUCGAUAUUCUUGAGAAAUAUAUCAAGUUUGUCAAGGAGAGGACAGAGAUUGAGCUCAGCUAUGCCAAGCAACUCAGGAAUCUUUCAAAGAAAUACCAACCCAAGAAGAACUCGAAGGAAGAAGAAGAGUACAAGUACACGGCGUGUAAAGCGUUUCUUUCCACCCUGAAUGAGAUGAACGACUACGCCGGGCAACACGAGGUCAUCUCCGAGAACAUGACGUCACAGAUCACGGUGGACCUGAUGCGUUACGUUCAGGAGCUGAAGCAGGAGAGGAAAUCGAAUUUCCACGACGGGCGGAAGGCUCAGCAGCACAUAGAGACGUGCUGGAAGCAGCUGGAGUCGAGUAAGAGGAGGUUUGAGCGUGACUGUAAGGAGGCCGACCGGGCACAGCAGUACUUCGAGAAGAUGGACGCUGACAUCAACGUGACCAAGGCAGAUGUGGAAAAGGCACGACAACAAGCUCAGAUACGCCAGCAAAUGGCAGAGGACAGCAAAGCGGAUUACUCCUUAAUCCUGCAGAGAUUCAACCAGGAGCAAUGGGAGUACUACCAUACCCACAUCCCCAACAUCUUCCAGAAAAUACAAGAGAUGGAGGAGAGGAGAAUCGUGCGCAUUGGAGAGUCCAUGAAGACGUACGCAGAGGUGGACCGGCAGGUGAUCCCCAUCAUCGGGAAAUGCCUGGACGGUAUAGUGAAGGCGGCCGAGUCUAUCGACCAGAAAAACGACUCCCAGCUGGUCGUAGAAGCAUAUAAGUCAGGAUUUGAGCCUCCUGGAGACAUUGAAUUCGAAGAUUACACACAGCCGAUGAAACGCACGGUGUCAGACAACAGCCUCUCCAGCUCCAAAGAAGGCAAGGCUGAGCUCAAGUUUGGCGGCAAGUCCAGAGGCAAGCUCUGGCCAUUCAUCAAGAAAAACAAGCUUGUGUCCCUUUUAACAUCCCCCCAUCAGCCUCCCCCUCCUCCCCCUGCCUCUGCCUCACCCUCUGCUGUUCCCAACGGCCCCCAGUCUCCCAAGCAGCAAAAGGAACCCCUCUCCCACCGCUUCAACGAGUUCAUGACCUCCAAACCCAAAAUCCACUGCUUCCGGAGCCUAAAGCGUGGGGGUGUCACACCAGAAGACUUCAGCAACUUCCCACCUGAGCAGAGAAGGAAAAAACUACAACAGAAAGUUGAUGACCUCAAUAAAGAGAUUCAAAAGGAGACGGACCAGAGAGAUGCCAUCACCAAAAUGAAAGAUGUGUACCUAAAGAACCCUCAGAUGGGAGACCCGGCCAGCUUGGACCACAAACUCACUGAAGUCACCCAGAACAUAGAAAAACUGCGGCUGGAGGCUCAGAAGUUUGAGGCCUGGCUGGCUGAGGUGGAAGGCAGACUCCCAGCUCGGAGUGAGCAAGCACGCCGGCAGAGUGGACUGUACGAUGGCCAGACACACCAGACAGUCACUAAUUGCGCCCAGGACCGGGAGAGCAGCCCAGAUGGUAGUUACACAGAGGAGCACAGCCAGGAGAGCGAGCACAAGGUACUGGCCACGGAUUUCGAUGAUGAAUUUGAUGAUGAGGAACCGCUCCCUGCCAUCGGGACCUGCAAGGCGCUCUACACAUUUGAAGGUCAAAACGAAGGCACCAUUUCGGUAGUUGAGGGAGAAACGCUGAGUGUGAUUGAGGAGGACAAAGGCGAUGGGUGGACUCGCAUCCGCCGGAACGAAGACGAGGAGGGUUACGUCCCCACUUCCUACGUCGAGGUCUAUUUAGACAAAAAUGCCAAAGGUUCCUAAAGGCGUGGUGCCCAAGGCCAGAGUCCCUGUGAGCCUCCCAGGAGCCACCAUCAUCCAGCCCGCUUGUCCCCACAUGCCCCCAGCACCACUCCGGCUGGCUGGGCAUCCUCCAGCCCACCUGCAAGCUGGGUCCCCAUAUCCUGUCUCCCCUUCUCCUUCACAGCAUGCUCCUGUGGCUCUGCCUACUGUACGGCACGGGUAUUUCUCUUCCGCAGCCCCCUACGGGGGUUGUCCACUUCACUCCGCUCCCUUCCCACACAGGCCACCAGGACAGCUGGACUUGUACCCUGUGUCCUGCUCCUUCUGGGCUCUCAGUCCACCUGCUCAUCGCCUGGCCACUCCUUGCACAUCUCACACUGUGCCUUUGUCAACUGUCGCCGCUGGUUUCCUGGUGACUAACAGAAUCCUGACAAGGAGGGCCAGUUGUGCAUCAGGUGGACUGAGUGCCCACGUGUCAUCCAUGUGUCUCUUGGGACUCAUCAUCAAAUGUGUCCUCUCCAGAGGCUGCUGCCUCAGGCCCUCCCCAUCACCCAGCACUGUUAUCAUCCAUACUCUAUCCCAGGGGAUGAUGGUCAGACUGGGGCACCCAGCCCCAUCCACCCCCACUCUGGUUCUAAACCAUCUACAUGGCCCAAGAAGGUCCGUAUGGAAGUCCCAAAUCCAGCUUGUGGGCCAGCCCUACUGUCUUGUCUGUGUCUCCUUUCUAUGAGUGCUGUCUGCCUGUUCAUGGUACCCUGUGAUGGAGGCCCUCACAUCCACACUAGCUCAUUACUGUAAGGCAGGCCUGCCAAGUUCCAUAAGUAGCAUUUCAGGAUUCUCCUGUGUUCCCACCAAAGACCUUGUGCCUCUUGUGGUCCCUCCCAUGGCUCUGGUCACUGCUUCUGCAUCGGGUCCUGUUCUCUAGAAGCCCCAGAGGAUGGAUAGAACUUGCUUUGAAGCUGUUUCCCUGCUAGAAUGGUAGAGCUUUGCGGGAGAACCGAGGUGGUCCCUUGCAUCUUAGAGCCACACUUUCUCUCCUUUCCCAGUACAGAAGCACUCAAGACUUGGCCACGAGCCCCUGUGAAGGGCACCCCACAAGCAUGAGCUUGAAGAAGUUGGCAUCUUCUCCUGGGCAGUUGGUAGCUUAGCUAGCAUCAAGUAAGAGGAUCAAAGACAUGGGAGGCUUAAAACCCAGAGAGACAGGGACAGAGAGGGCGGGCCCUCAGGGUUGGGCCUGUACUUUGUGGAAAUGCAGACAUUCUCCACAAAGUGGGGCUGGCAUACCACCCUGCAGAAAGCACUGUCAACCUCACAGCAGAAGGGAGGGUACCACAGUGGGGAGCAGCUGACAGGGGCCUGGCUUUGGGUUUCAAGAGCAAGGAUUAGCUUUCAGGCUUUCUUCGACCUGCUUCCUCCCAAGUAAGACCAAGCCCAGGGUCUGGCACACUGCCCUCUGGGGCCCGUGCAAAGCUGCUCAGGACUCAACAUGAGGAAGACCUAGGGGACAGAAUGGAAGCCUGGUACCUAAGAGUGAAGACUGCCAGGGCUCUGACAGUCAGUCUGACCUGUGGUCCAGGCAGCUCUGCUCCAGCAGGUUACCAGACAUCUCUGAUUUUGACCAAGUUGGGCCGCUUCUGUCCCCUCCAUGAGGAGCCAGAGUGAUCUUUACAGGUCUGUUCACAGACCUCAUUAAUGCAUGAAGGAUGAGGAAGGCUCUUGCCACAAAGGUAAAAUGGAGAUGCUGCCAACCUUCUUCGGAUGACUGUUAAAGCCUGUGCCUGUCUCUGUGUCCCUUCACUUCUUUUUUUAACUUCCUGUACUACCUACAUCCAGAAAGGAUGGAGGAUGAGUGUCUUCAGGCCGUUCUCUGAGAUAGAUGGUCUGCUGUGGCAAUCCUGUGGAAUUGUACACUUGUGGGGGGAAGGGAAUGCAGGAUUUCCCCAGAAGCUCUACACUCACUGUCCCCAGGGCCCACUGCCUGUCACCCCUAGCUGCUAGUGUGCUGAUACCAGAAUGACUCACUGUAAAAGAACCUGCCCUGCAAAUGACAUAGAGACGAAAAUAAAAGAAACUUGACAUUUACCGCUUUUUUUUCCUAUGCAGGAUGUGAAGCUGCAAUGGCCCCUCCCCCUAGGCUGAGCAUGCUCAGUGGGAUCAAGCCAAAUAACACACAGGGAGGCCGUAUGCCUUCUGGUGGCACCUGUAGUGAAAGUAGAAUGUCCACACGAAGUUAAAAAAAAAAAAAAGUUCCGUUCCUGCCAGUAUUUUUCCAGAAACUGCAAUUUUGUGUUUCUUUUUGAUUUUGUGUCUGUACGUGUAACAUCCAGAAUGUGUCUAAUAAUGGCCCCAACUUCUCUUUUAGCCUGACAUCAAGCACCUUUUAAAUCAUGUGUGCGUGAAUGUGUCUGCAUAUGUGUAUGUGUGUGUGUGUGAGAGAGAGAGAAUGUGUGUGUGUGUGUGUGUGUGUGUGUGUGUGCGCGCGCGCCUUGAGGGCAUGGCACUGUUGGGAAGAUCCUCACCGCUGUCAGGUCUUGGACUUGCCUGUGUUUCUGGAGGUGGAAUUAAAACCAAACAAAGUGCUUUCAGUAGAAGGCACUCUUACCUGUGUGAUUAAAUGUUAGUCCUUUCAAUGUUAAAUAAAGUAUAACUUGUAGUGUA